UUUGUCUCUCAAUCUAUUCUCUUCUCUCUUCUCCCAAAAAAAAAAAAAAUCUAUUCUCUUCUCUGUUCCACACUGAAACUAGCAAACAAGCAAAAGCAAUCAACUAUGGAGGAAGAGUACUCGGUAGACGAUCCAACUCAUCUACUCCAAGAAGCUUCAGAUUUCGCAUUGUAUCCUGGUGCUCAAAACGAUGCUUCAGCGAAGGACUUCCUCGACCGCUUCCCUCUUCCAGUCAUAAUAAACGCAUUACAAACCAAAGGGGAUGUGCCUGGUCUAGAGAAUACUUUAGUUGCGUGUCUGGAAAGGAUAUUCAAUACAAAAUAUGGUGCCUCUUUCAUCCCCCAGUAUAUGCUUUUUGUACAAGUUGGUCUGAAGGCUGAUUCCCAAAUAGUGAGGUCUUUAGCGUGUAAAACGGUUACAUGCCUUUUGGAGCAUUUUGAUGACAAUACUAUUUCUCCUGCACGGCUAAUAGUUGACCAUGAUGUAUAUCCUCUUUUGCUUGAUUGCCUCCUAAAUGGCAAUGAACAAGUGGCAGCUGCAUCAAUGGAUGCAAUCAAGAAGUUAGCUGGCUCUCCUGAAGGGAUGGAUAUCAUCUUCCCAGCUAAUAACAACGAAGCUAUGCAUCUUGGAAAUAUGGCAGCCCGAUGUUCAUCACUGGGACGGGUUCGAGUUUUGGCUUUAAUAGUGAAGCUAUUCUCUAUUUCCAACUCUGUGGCAUCCACCAUUUACAAUUCAAAUCUACUUAAUUUGUUUGAGGCAGAAAUCAACAAUACAAACGAUACCCUUGUCACAUUAAGUGCUUUGGAGCUGUUGUAUGAGUUGGCAGAAUUUCAGCAUGGAACGGAGUUCUUGUCAAGAACCACCCUUCUUCAUUUACUUUGUUCUAUCAUCAGCAGCACAUCAACCGAAUCAAUUUUAAGAUCGAGGGCGAUGAUGAUAAGUGGAAGGCUUCUGUCCAGGGAGAAUAUUUAUUCAUUUAUUGAUGAAUCUAGUGUUAAGAUUGUGAUUUCAGCCCUUGAUAAAAUACUUGAGUUGUCAGAAAGUCAAGAUACAGAUGAAAGUGAAUCUGCACUUGAAGCAUUGGGUCAAAUAGGGUCAUCGAUCGAAGGAGCUGUUUUGCUACUCUCCAGUUCACCGCCUGCUGCAAGACAUGUUAUUGUUGCUGCUUUCGAUCGGCAAGGACAUGGCAAACAGCUGUCUGCACUGCAUGCUCUUGGAAACAUAGCAGGAGAAUCAAGACCAGAAAAUAAAAUUUUACUUAAUGGAGAUGCAGAAGAAAGCUUGCGACGCUUAAUGUAUAUAACAGCAUCCAAGAGUUCAAAGCUGACACCAUCUGGCCUUUUGGUUUCAGUUCUUCAACAGGAUUCAGAAAUUCGUUUGGCGGGUUAUAGGGUGAUAACUGGUAUGGUGGCUCGGCUGUGGUUCCUGAUGGAAAUUUGCUCAAAACAAGAGAUUAUAAAUAUAGCGACUGACGCAAGUACUGAAACCACAAAAAUAGGCAUGGAAGCAAGAUAUAAAUGCUGCCAAUCAAUCCACAAGGCUUUUGUGUCCUCAAGUAAACUUCUCAAUGAUCCUGCUCUCGCUGGACUAGCUGCAAAGUUGCAGGAAGCUGUUAGAAGGGGUCCAUAUCUUGCCAGAAAGCAUGUUGAAGCUCAACCUGUAGUAGUGACAGCUGACAGAUUUUAGAUAAUUCAGCUGCUGUGAGCUGAUCAAUUUAACCAUGUUCUUUUUAAAAAUUCCUUUGCCAACCUUGGUGUACACAAGAACUAUGUCAUUUCAGUUUGAUGAUGACAUAAAAGUAUAGGACCUUGUAAAAAUAUACUUGACUCUUCGCUGUUGGUUGUCAUGUCAUGGGCUAUAGUUUCUACUUGCCAAAUGAAAAAGGGGCUAUAGAUUCAUAGAAAUGCCUGCCAAACAAAUUGCAAGGGUACCUUAACAUGAAUGUGACUGGAAGGGCCGUAAAAAGCCUUGUAAUACUAAUGUUUGAUACAUAUGAACAUCAAGGACUCACUGUGUGAGUUCAGAAAAGCUGAACUGCAAGAGCUACGGUCCGUAUUAUUCACUCUCUGCCAUAGUUUCCUACAUCCAAAUACGAAAUGAUCUAAUGGAAAAUUAUUUUAUGAGACA